AUGGCGGCCAAGUCGGAUGGCGGCGGCGGCGGCGUGGGCUUCGCCCAGCUGCACAACCUGGACGAGGCGGCGGCGGCGGCGGCGGCGGCGGGCGUCUGCGGCGGCACCGGCGGCGUCGGGGCAGCGGCGGCCGAGGGCGCGGAGGAGCCGGGCGGCAGCAGCUCCUUGCACAUCUGCCACUGCUGCAACACGUCGUCGUGCUACUGGGGCUGCCGGAGCGCCUGCCUGCGGAGCCUCUUCGGGCGGGCGGCCGCCGCCGCCGCCGCCGAACCGCUGGCCCCGCGCCCCGCCGCCGAGGGGCCGCCACGGGCGCCGGAGGGCGGUGAGGCGGCAGAACGACCGUGGCUGGACUGCCUGUGGAUCGUGCUGGCGCUGCUGGUGCUGCUGGGGGACGUGGGCACGGACCUGUGGCUGGCGCUGCACCACUACGGCCGGCGGGACUACGUCUGGUGCGGCCUGACGCUGGCCUUCGUGCUGCUGCCCUCGGUGCUGGUGCAGAUCCUCAGCUUUCGCUGGUUCGUGCAGGACUACACGGGCGGCGGGCUGGGAGCCGUGCAGGGCCUCAGCAGCCGCGGGCCGCCCAUGAUGGGGGCCGCCGUCCGGCGGGGGGGACCCGCCGGCGGGGUAGGAGGAGCCGCCGGCACCGCCACCCCCGGGGCGCAGCGCCUCUGCAGGAUCUCCGUCUGGGUCUGGCAGUCCGUCAUCCACCUGCUGCAGAUGGGGCAGGUCUGGAGAUAUAUCCGCACUAUGUACCUGGGGAUCCAGAGCCAGCGGCGGAAGGAACACCAGCGGCGUUUCUACUGGGCUAUGAUGUACGAAUAUGCAGACGUAAACAUGUUGCGCCUCCUGGAGACUUUCCUCGAGAGCGCCCCUCAACUGGUGCUACAGCUCUGCAUAAUGAUCCAAAAGAACCGUGCAGAAACUUUACCAUGUGUGUCCUCUGUGGCCUCCCUGAUGUCCCUGGCUUGGGUGCUAGCCUCCUAUCACAAGCUUCUUCGGGACUCUAGGGACGACAAGAAGAGUAUGAGCUACAGAGGGGCCCUCAUCCAUCUCUUCUGGCGCCUCUUCACCAUCUCAUCCCGAGUUAUUUCUUUUGCUCUCUUUGCUUCCAUCUUCCAGCUCUACUUUGGGAUCUUUGUAGUGGUCCAUUGGUGUGCCAUGGCUUUCUGGAUCAUCCAUGGUGGGACAGAUUUCUGCAUGUCUAAGUGGGAGGAGAUCCUCUUCAACAUGGUGGUAGGGAUUGUAUACAUUUUCUGCUGGUUUAAUGUCAAGGAAGGGCGGACUCGAUACCGAAUGUUCGCGUAUUACACGGUAGUGCUGACAGAGAACGCUGCCUUGACACUCCUUUGGUAUUUUUACAGAGAUCCUGACACUACUGACUCAUAUGCCGUGCCAGCACUGUGUUGUGUCUUUCUUAGCUUUGCUGCUGGGAUUGCUUUGAUGCUGUUAUAUUAUGGUGUGCUGCAUCCCAUGGGGCCAAGAGCUAAGAUCUUAGUCAGCUCCUGUUGCGCCGAGCUGCUCUGGGGCAUUCCUCUGCCCCCUGAUGUUGAGCCCAUGGCACCCCAAACCCCUGGGUACCGGGGGGCCCAGGCUACGCCUACCAGAGCGGUCACGGAGCAACAGGAGGAACUCACAGCUGACACUUGCUUGCCCGUUUUCCAGGUGAGAGCAAUGGUACCAUCUACUCCAUCUGGGCGACCCUACCCCCCCGAGGGGCCUCUCAUUAAAAUUGACAUCCCAAGAAAAAGAUACCCUGCAUGGGAUGCUCAUUUUGUAGACAGGAGGUUAAGAAGAACUAUCAACAUCCUCCAAUAUGUCACCCCCACAGCUGUAGGUAUUAGGUAUAGAGAUGGACCUCUCUUAUAUGAGUUGCUACAAUAUGAAUCUUCACUUUAA